UAGACCAGCGGCAGCGGCGGCGGCGGCGGCAGCGGUGCCGGAGGCGCAGAGAGCGGCACAGGCGGAGCCGGGCGGGCGGGCGCGCGAGCUAGCGAUCGAGCGGGCAACCGGGCGGGCGGCGCGCAGCGGCGGCGACGGCGGCAGCCCCAGGCCGAGCCGGCGCGGGAGGAGUUCCAGGGCGAUGGGGCCGCGGCCGGGGCUGACGCUUUGACAGCUGGAAAGAGCGCGGAGCCAGCGCCUGGGGGGGAGGGAGGGGAGCGCGGCGAGGAGAGCGAGCGAGCGAGCGAGCGCCGGGGAGGGGGCCGGGAGCGAGGGUGCAGCUCGGGAGCAGCCGGAGAGGUAGCAGCGGCGGCGGCGGCGAGGCUCGGCGCCCUCUUCUCUGCAAACCAUGUUUGCCAAAGGCAAAGGCUCGGCGGUGCCCUCGGACGGGCAGGCUCGGGAAAAGUUAGCUUUAUACGUCUACGAAUAUUUACUGCACGUAGGAGCACAGAAAUCUGCACAGACCUUUUUGUCGGAGAUUCGAUGGGAAAAAAACAUCACGUUGGGAGAACCGCCAGGGUUUUUGCACUCGUGGUGGUGCGUAUUUUGGGACCUUUACUGUGCAGCUCCUGAAAGGCGAGACACUUGUGAACAUUCAAGUGAAGCAAAAGCCUUUCAUGAUUACAGCGCAGCCGCCGCUCCGAGCCCCGUGCUUGGCAACAUUCCCCCCAACGAUGGGAUGCCAGGAGGCCCCAUCCCACCGGGUUUCUUUCAGGGUCCUCCGGGGUCACAGCCCUCGCCGCACGCACAGCCUCCACCUCACAAUCCUAGCAGCAUGAUGGGACCCCACAGUCAGCCUUUUAUGUCACCGCGAUAUGCAGGCGGCCCCAGGCCCCCGAUCAGAAUGGGAAACCAGCCUCCAGGAGGAGUCCCCGGGACACAGCCAUUGCUGCCCAAUUCCAUGGAUCCCACACGACAACAAGGGCACCCCAACAUGGGAGGAUCAAUGCAGAGAAUGAACCCUCCUCGAGGAAUGGGGCCCAUGGGCCCUGGCCCACAGAAUUACGGCAGCGGCAUGAGACCACCACCCAACUCCCUCGGCCCCGCCAUGCCCGGGAUUAACAUGGGCCCUGGAGCCGGCAGACCGUGGCCCAAUCCUAACAGUGCUAACUCAAUUCCAUACUCGUCCUCCUCACCCGGUACCUAUGUGGGGCCCCCGGGUGGUGGCGGCCCCCCAGGAACGCCCAUCAUGCCUAGUCCUGCAGAUUCAACAAAUUCCAGUGACAACAUCUACACAAUGAUUAAUCCCGUGCCGCCUGGAGGCAGCCGGUCCAACUUUCCAAUGGGUCCUGGCUCUGAUGGCCCAAUGGGAGGCAUGGGAGGCAUGGAGCCACACCACAUGAACGGAUCAUUAGGGUCAGGUGACAUAGAUGGACUUCCAAAAAAUUCUCCUAACAACAUAAGUGGCAUUAGCAAUCCUCCCGGCACUCCGCGAGAUGACGGCGAGCUAGGAGGGAACUUCCUCCACUCCUUCCAAAAUGACAAUUAUUCUCCAAGCAUGACGAUGAGUGUGUGAUUCGCCCCUCCCUCCUCCUCUUCGAGAUGCUGAGAGAACCGGCAUUGCAGGCAGGAAGAUGCCAGACAUUAUGCAAGAAGAAGUGAGGUGUCAUUACCCAGGAACUGGUGGAGGGGCACCUCCCCACUCCCCGCAGCCCUCCACCCUCCCUCCAUGCCCCCCACCUCUCCCAAUUUUAGUUUCAUGCAAUAAAAAGGCCGAACUUUUUAUUCCAUAAAACAUGAAGGACAAAAGUCAAAAUCAAAUAUAUUUCAAGUCAAUGACCAGGAAAAAAAAAGAAUCCCACCCGUGCCCUUUCCCAAAAGGACCGUUUAUGUACGUGACACUUUUUUGUUGUUUUUAUUUGGGGUUUUAUUGUUGUUGGGAUUUUUUUAAUUUGUUUUCAGGGCGGGUUUUUUGGGGGAAAAAUUUUUAAAAAUGGAAGCUUCUAGCAAGCCCCCUCCCCCCCCAUCCCAAUCAACCUCUUUGCUUUCGUCUUUAAAAAAAGGAAAAAAG